GAAGAUCUUCAAUUCUCACGGUCUGACGCAAGAGUUGAUUCGAAAAUUAUAAAAUUUUCUCAUAACAAUUUUUUGAGAAAAAAAUAGAAGAAAAAAUGAUUGUUGGCCCGAAGAGAUGAGGAAUGAACGGAUCAUGUAAUACACCCCUGAAAAAAAAUCAAAACAUGUGGUCAUGUUAUGCCCAAAAAUAAAGUUUCACGUGCAGUUGGAAACACAGUUGGAAACAGAGAACAUUCUUUCUUCAAAAAAAAAAAAAGUUAGAGAGGUAUUACCAGAAAAGCAAAGAUGGGCUGCAUAGGUCUUAUCAAUUUAACAGGUACCAAUAUUUAUCGGCCUGUGCUUACAAGAACAUCAAACAAACCCUACAGCACAAGAGGACCAUCGAUGGCUGCUAUUCGAGCUGAGUCAGUUGCUACUGAGAUAUUAGGAAUCUUUGUCGAGAAGAAUCCUCCCGAGUCCAAACUCACCCAACUCGGUGUUCGUAGUUGGCCCAAGUGGGGUUGUCCUCCAAGCAAGUUUCCAUGGACUUACGAUGCAAAGGAGACUUGUUUUCUGCUAGAGGGGAAAGUGAAAGUGUACCCUGAUGGGUCCGAUGAAGGCGUAGAGAUUGAAGCAGGCGACUUUGUUGUUUUCCCUAAAGGGAUGAGUUGCACUUGGGAUGUAUCCGUUGCUGUUGAUAAGCACUACCAAUUCGAGUGAAUGGCUAUCAGUUUCUGCUCCGCAUAUUUGGUGAUAUGUUCGAUAUAACUUCACUGUCUUUGUAUGUUGACUUAAUUUUGUGUGUCAUGUAUCAGUCUAUGCAUUACUGGGAUUUAUUUGCUUUGAUAUCUAAGUGAUUUCUCCUAA